CUCACACACACUCAUUCACACACACACACACACACACACUCACACACACUCUGCUCCACGCGUGCAGCCUGGAAAGCGACCAAACUGCAGACUUCAACUCAAACAGCUUCUUAUUUCUCAGUUUUUUGCUCUUAGUGAACCACUUUCAGUCCAGAUUACAUGAAGUUAAUCUGAACUGUUCCCAGAGACCAAAGAACCUCAAACACAACGUGAUCCGGAUCCAAAGCUGCAACUUUGUUUGUGUUUUUAUUAUUUCGGAGUUUCUGUUUUGUUUUUUUACUGGAGAAACUUUUUUUAAGCCAUUAAACCGGGGAGGACAUGCCGGGGUUUGUGGCUCUGGUGGCCGUGUUUGCAGUCCUCUCGGCCGGGUUAAGGAGCUCCGUGGCCGCGGUGGAGAUGCAGAGCUCCGUGGCCGUGGAGGAGAGGACAGCGGCGGCUGCGGUGGAGAGCUCCGAGGACGGGGACCGAGGAGCGGGGCGAGCUGGCUGCCCUGGCCGCUGUCGCUGCGAGGUGGACGGGCUGCUGCACCGGGUGGACUGCUCGGACCUGGGGCUCCGGGAGAUACCGAGCAACCUGAGCGUGUUCACGUCUUACCUUGAUCUCAGUAUGAAUAAUCUGACAGUGUUGACCGGAGGAGCUCUGUCCAACCUGCACUUCCUGGAGGAGCUGCGUUUGGCGGGAAACGAUCUGUCGUUCAUCCCCAGAGGAGCGUUCAACGGCCUCUAUAACCUCAAAGUGCUAAUGCUUCAGAACAACCAGCUGAAGUCGGUUCCAGCUGAGGCUUUCAACAACCUGCACAACCUGCUGUCGCUCCGCCUGGAUGCCAAUCACAUCUCCGGCGUUCCCGUCGGCUGUUUCUCCGGCCUGCGCUCCCUCCGUCACCUGUGGUUGGACGAUAACUCUCUGACGGAGGUGCCGGUGGAGGCGCUGAGCGAGCUGCCCGCCCUGCAGGCCAUGACGCUCGCCCUCAACCACAUCAGCCACGUCCCGGAUCACGCCUUCAGCAAGCUCGGUCGCCUGGUGGUGCUGCAUCUCAACAACAAUAGGAUCGUUUCCAUGGGAACGAACUGCUUCCACGGACUCCACAGUUUGGAGACGCUGGAUUUGAACUACAACAGUCUGGUCGAGUUUCCGACGGCGAUCCGCUCGCUCAGUCACCUCAAGGAACUUGGUUUCCAUAGUAACAACAUCCAGUCCAUCCCGGAGCACGCCUUCACCGGGAACCCCUCGCUCAUCACCAUAUUUUUCUAUGACAACCCGAUCCAGUCUGUUGGACGAUCUGCCUUUCAGAACCUCCCGGAGCUACGAACACUCUCUCUGAACGGAGCCGCAGAUCUCACCGAGUUUCCAGAUCUGACAGGAACCAAGAGCCUGGAAAGCCUGACCAUCACAGGAGCUUGGAUCACCUCUCUGCCCAGUUCGGUGUGUGAACAGCUUCCAAAACUUCAGCUGCUCGAUCUCUCCUAUAAUCAGAUCCAGACUCUUCCCAGUUUCUCCGGCUGUGAGAGCGUUCAGAAGAUUGAUCUGCACCAUAACGAGAUACAGGAACUGGAGGAGAACACCUUCCACGGUCUGAUGUCACUACGCUCUCUGGACUUAUCGUGGAACAGAUUGACGUCAGUGAAGCCGAACUCUUUCUCUGCUCUGCCGGCUCUGACCAAACUCGACCUGUCGUCCAAUCAGCUGUCAUCUCUGCCUCUGAUUGGUCUGCAGAGUUUGACUCACCUGCGAUUGGCUGGAAACACUCAGCUGAUGGAGUUAAUAUCCCGAGAGGACCUGCCCAGAGUCAGGGUGAUGGAGCUUCCCUACGCCUUCCAGUGCUGUGCCUUCAUCUCCUGUGAGAGAAGAGGAGGAGGAGGAGGAGGAGGUUCAUCCUGGGAGAAAGAGGAAGGAGCAGACUCUACCGGGAAAGAAACCUCCGUCGUCUCCAGCCAAGUAGAUCAGGACUGGGAGGAUUUUCUGAUGGAGUUUGAAGAUGAACCCAAACUUCAACAUUCGGUCCACUGCAGCCCUGCACCAGGACCGUUCCGCCCCUGCCUCCAUCUGCUCGGCAGCUGGUUGAUCCGUGGAGGUGUGUGGCUCAUCGCAGUGCUCUCAUUGGUCAGCAACAGCCUGGUCGUCCUGUCGGUCUUCUUCUCCCCCGCCACCUCAGUGACUACACCCAAGCUGCUGAUUGGCCUACUGGCCCUGGUGAACGGCCUGAUGGGAGUGUGGAGCGGCUGGCUGGCGGCGGUGGAUGCGUGGACAUAUGGCAGCUUCUGGAGGUACGGGGCGAGGUGGGAGAGCAGCUUCCUGUGUCGACUCAGCGGCUUCCUGUGCGUAUUUGCGUCGCAGACCGGCCUCUUCCUGCUCACCAUCGCAGCUUUGGAGCGAUGCCUUGCCGCCGCCGCACGCCGCCACAAAGCUGACGGACACGGUCGCUCCUCCUCGCCGCUCUCCAUCCGUCUCGCCGUCUGCGUGUGUUUCCUGUUGGGCCUGGCCAUCACGCUUCCCCCCCUUGUGGCCGGACACAGUAGCACCUCCCUCUGCUUGCCACUGCCUUCCUCUUCCUCCUCAUCCUCCCUGGCCUUCUCCGUCUCCCUGGUGCUCCUCGACUCGUUGUGCUUCCUCGUCAUGACGGUCGCCUACACUCGCCUCUACUGUCGGGCCAACAAAGCUCCGCCCGCUGCUGAAGAGGAGGUGGCGUUGACUCGACAUGUAGCCUGGCUGCUCUUCUCGGACUGCCUCCUCUACCUCCCUGUCGCCUUCCUCUCCUUCUCCUCCCUGCUGCGCCUCCCCGUCGCCGGGCCAGAGGCGGCAAAGGGGGUGCUUCUGCUUGUGGCACCACUGCCGGCCUGCGUCAACCCACUGCUGUACAUCCUCUUCAACCCGCUCGCCCGGCAGGAGCUGGCAGCGCUCGCCAAACGCACCUGCGGGGCUGUAAGGCUGCCCAGACUCGGCAGGGGGGGAGGAGGAGGAGGAGGAGGAGUUGCAGGAGGAAGGUCGAGGCAGAACGAGAUGGAUUCGACCUACGACGAGGAUGCAGAGAAACAGUCGUGUGACUCGACGCAGGCGCUGGUGGCAGUUGGAGGCACGAAGGAGGAAGAGGAGGAGGAGAGAGGACGAGGAAGGAGUGAGACGCAACAUUCGGUGGCAUUUGUUAUUCCUCAUCACUAGACUGACACACAGACACACAUACAGGGUCGGAAGUUCUCACCUGCCAAAUGUCUGAAGUCACUCAUGAACUCAUUGACUAGAUUCGUUCUGUGGUGUCUUUCUUGCGCCUUUAUUUUGUAGGAAACUGUGAAAAGGCGACAGAAAGUUAGAGGAGACGCAGAGGUGACUUUAAACAAAGGUAUCCAACCAGACCCCGACGUACCCACCAGGAGACCCCUCGUUCUUUGGUCUCUUUUAUCCAAGAUGGCUGCAAAAGACAACAAAAUUAAAGGAUAUCAACAUAACUUACUCGUGAUGAUCUGCUUAAAGGUCCAGUGUGUAUGUAGGAUUUAGUGGCAUCUAACGGUGAGCUACUGGCCUCCAAUAGGGGUCGACAAAACUUCACUUGUGGUGUAAGAAAACAGCAUUUCAUUCAUUUCUGUGAAGAAAGAUAUAUUAUUUUUUUUAAAUUUUGUUAAGAUAUAACGUUUAAAAAGCCUUCACUGUGUAAUAAACAGCCUCGUCCUGCAUUAGAAAAGUUAAAACAACCAAAGAGCGAAUAUGACAAUGAGAAGAAAACAAAGAAGAAGCCUAAAUUAAAAAAAUACAUAAUACAGACUGAGAAAUGUUUAAAAUGUUCAGGAAAUAUCAGUAAAACUCAUCUCUGAUGGUCUGAUCAGGAAAUAAUCUGCUCAAAAUUCAUCUAAAUCGCUCGUUUUACACAAACUGUUUCUGUUAUACAUUAAAUAUAAUAUGAAAUAUCCAUAAAAUAUGUCACUUAGUCAGUUUACUCACUGAUAGUGAAAGUAAAAACAUUAGGACCCUGUGAUCUAAGGUGACAAAAACACAUUUUCAGGUGAUUAUACACUAAUAAAAACAUACCUAUAUAUAUUAUAUUCCAUUUCUGACAAUAGAUCCUUCUAAGUGUUACACACUGGACCUUUGAGUAAAAUAUUGAUGAAUUUACCAUAUGUAAAUGUACAACAUGGAUUAUUACUUAACAACAACAGCAACAAUUAACUCAAAUUCAAUCAAUUGCAAUUCUGUCCGAUCACCGCAACGUUUUCCACCAAUCAUCGUAGUUUCCAGUCAUACGUCUCCAAACUCACAUCCUUGUGUCCUGUUGUGACAAUGUGGACAUGUGACACAAAACGUCUCAUAUUUACUCUCCAAAUAGUGCGAUUUUAUUCUAACUGGAACAACUUGCCUUCUAGCAAUUUUCCCUUUUUUUUGCCAGAAAAUUUGCCAGAAAAUUCCCCAAAACAUUGCAGAUUUUUUAAGAAAAGCUGCCUUAAAUUGAGACAUUUUAGGUUGUGACAAUCCCAAAAAAAAGCCUCUAAGACCUGGCGAAAAUGUCCUAUAAAGUUGUCAGUAACUAGCUUUAAGACUCGGGGCGGUGGCCCCAAAACAAAAUGUUACGCGGGGGUCUCCUAACGGGUUAAUCUGGCUUCACAACGAUAAUUACCCAAUGAGGGAAAACCCGGAUGUUUUUAUCAGUAAUGUCGCACACUUUGGUCCAAUGUGUCUCAACAGCUGUUUCAUGACAUUCACUGAGGAACUCUUGAUGUUAACGACCACACGACCUCUCCUCUAGCGCCCCCCUCAGGACAAACCUUACAUUUAACUUCAUCAUUCCAACUCUCAUAUUGUGGCUGUAACGAACACUGCGGCCUGCGGAGGGGCGCCACCAGCCGGCAGGACUUUUGGCAGGUGAGUAAAGGACCUUUUGGACACUGAUACAGACUGAUGGGACUGUGUGGUAGCGAAUGUAGCAGACAUGACGGUUCUCACCAUGUACAGUACGCACCGCCAGUUUGAGUCCAACUCUCUGUUUAUCUUUGUUUGUUUUGUCUUAAGAAGAACUU